UGCGUCAUGGAAUGUGUUAAAGAACGUUCUAUCGGAUUCUCGAGAAGGUCGCCAUCUUUGAAGACGAGUUGUUGUAGGCAUUUUCCACUUUCUUUGUUCUUAUUUUGUUUUUACCCAGCCGAUAAACCUAUUGUUUCGAUUGCCAGGAUUGUUACAGGAAGAUGCGCCACUCUAAGCGAAUGCGUUCCCCAGGUGUCUGGCUUGAUGAGUACAGCUGGGAAGAGAGAAUGGAGUGUCGUAAGCGAAAGAAACGAGAUUCACACAGCAGUGAAAGAGAAAAUAAGUCCAGAAGAACUCACCGUCACCACAAGAUCCAUGAUGGGCACUACCUGGAGACCCGCAGUUUGAACCAGAGGCUGGACUCAAGGGAAGGGUACACCCGCAACCACAGUUUUGACAUGGCCUGUGAGGAGGACAGUCGCGAAGCCACCUGCAAGGACAGAGACCUUGACUGGCAUCACUACAGCAAGUCAUCGGGGCGUAGUGGUCGGAGUGGUCGCAGCAGGCGAAGCAGCCACAGGCACAAAGAUAGACGGCGCAGACGUAGCCACUCUCGCCACAGGUCAUCCUCGAGGAGGAGCCAUCACCGCAGGAGCAGGAAAAGAUCCAGGAGUGUUGAGGAUGAUGACGAGGGUCACCUCAUCUAUCACAGUGGAGACAUGCUGAGAGCGAGAUAUGAGAUUGUGUGUACUCUAGGAGAGGGUGCCUUUGGGAAGGUCGUUGAAUGCAUUGAUCACUCUAAUGAUGGAGCUCGAGUGGCUCUGAAGAUCAUUAAAAACAUAGACCGCUACCGUGAGGCAGCUAUGUCAGAGGUAGAGGUGCUUGAACAGUUGAAGUCCCUUGACUCUGAGAGGAGAUAUGCAUGUGUGCACAUGCUGGACUGGUUUGACUACCAUGGUCACAUUUGCAUUGCCUUUGAGCUGCUUGGCCUCAGCACCUAUGAUUUCCUCAAGGAGAACAACUUCCAGCCUUUCCCCAUUGAACAUAUCAGACACAUGGCAUACCAGAUCAUCCGAGCUGUUCGAUUUCUGCACAAGAACAAGCUGACUCACACAGAUCUGAAGCCUGAGAAUAUUCUUUUCAUUGAUUCAGACUAUGACAUGGAGUACAAUCCUGAAAAAAAACGAGAUGAACGAACAUUGAAAAACCCAGAUGUGAAAAUUGUGGACUUUGGUAACGCCACAUAUGAACAUGAGCACCACACCUCUGUGGUGUCAACACGCCACUACCGUGCUCCUGAGGUCAUUUUAGAUCUGGGCUGGGACCAUUCCUGUGAUGUCUGGAGUGUCGGCUGUAUACUCAUUGAGUACUACCUUGGAUCAACUCUCUUCCAGACCCACGAUAGUAAGGAGCACCUUGCUAUGAUGGAGAGAGUCCUGGGCCCCAUUCCCACAGACCUCCUGCAGAAAACCAAGAAACGGCGGUAUGUUCACCGGUGCAAGCUGGACUGGGAUGUGCACAGUUCUUCUGGACGAUACGUGAGGAAACACUUUAAACCCCUCAAGCAUUACAUGAUGUCUAAGGGUGAAGAUCACCAGAAGCUGUUUGACCUGAUAGAGAAGAUGAUGGAGUAUGACCCAGCUAAGCGCCUCAGUCUUGAACAGGCUCUCCGACACCCCUUCUUCUCCUGCUACUACAGUAGCAGCAGCAAAAGCAGCAGAAGGAGCAGUAAAAGCAGCAGCAGAAGGAGCAGCAGCAGCAGCAGUGGCGGCAGCAGCAACAAAGACUGAAACCCUGAACCUGUAAACUUCUGACCUGUAACAGCAGUCACGGCCUGGCUGUCACCAUGACAUUUAUCAUGGUGCUUGGUGCUAGCCUCUACUUCCUGACUCUCCAGGAGAGGUGUACUUUAACUGACUGUAUCAGUCCACUGCCCUGCUUUACUGUGUCAUGUCCCUAAGCCAGUGUGUUUCUUCAUCUCACGCAUCCUUAAUUUCUGUUUUCAUCUGUGGCAUGUUUUGAUGGAAUGAUUCCCCCAAAAUUAUAUCUAUUUAUUUGCCAUUGUAAUUUAAAGUGUAGCUUCUGAACAAGUACUGUUUUUCCUUUUAAACCUGAUUAGUCCAGUUUUGUCCAUGUUCUGUAUGUGCAUUGUCAACCAGGUGACAGGCCACGUAAUAGACUGAGAAAUGCAUAAUCCUCCAUCAGUCUCACUGGUAAUAAUUAAUCAGCAUUGUAGGUGUAAAAAAAAAGAAGAAAAAAGGCAGGAAACUCUUGUAUAUAGAAUUUGUUCAGACAUUUCUUUUUUCACUGGUUAUGUCACUUUUGCAUUAUCAUGUAUAUUUUUCUCAAUAAACUUGAACAGACGACA